AUUUUGGACAUUAGCUCUCGUUUUUUUUUCUUUUUUUUAUACCCUUUCUUCGGUUUAAUUAUUAUAUUAGAAUGAGCGAAACUUUCCUUUUCACUUCUGAAUCUGUUGGUGAAGGCCAUCCUGAUAAAAUCUGUGAUCAAAUCUCUGAUGCUAUUUUGGAUGCUUGUUUGGCUCAAGAUCCUAUGUCUAAGGUUGCCUGUGAAACUGCUGCCAAGACUGGUAUGAUCAUGGUCUUUGGUGAAAUCACCACUAAGGCUAACCUUGACUACCAAAAGAUUAUUCGUAACACCAUUAAGCAAAUUGGCUAUGAUGAUUCCGAGAAGGGUUUCGAUUACAAGACCUGUAACGUCUUGGUUGCUAUUGAACAACAAUCUCCUGAUAUUGCUCAAGGUUUAGUUCAAAAGUCUUUCAACAUUGAAGAUAUUGGUGCUGGUGAUCAAGGUAUCAUGUUUGGUUAUGCUACUGAUGAAACUCCUGAAAUGAUGCCCUUGACUGCUGUUCUCUCUCAUAAGCUUAACAAGCGUAUGGCUGAUCUCCGUCGUGAUGGUACUCUCCCUUGGUUGCGUCCUGAUUCCAAGACACAGGUCACUAUUGAAUACAAGAACGAAAAUGGCGCUAUGGUUCCUCUUCGUGUUGAUACCGUUGUUAUUUCUGUCCAACAUGCCGCUGAAAUUGAAACUGAAGACCUCCGUAAGGCUUUGUUGGAACACAUUAUUAAGCCUGUCAUCCCUGAACACCUCUUGAAGGAUACCAUCUACCACUUGCAACCUUCUGGUAAGUUUAUCAUUGGUGGUCCUCAAGGUGAUGCUGGUUUGACUGGUCGUAAGAUUAUUGUCGAUACCUAUGGUGGUUGGGGUGCUCACGGUGGUGGUGCCUUCUCUGGUAAGGAUUGGUCUAAGGUUGAUCGUUCUGCUGCUUACACUGCUCGUUGGAUUGCCAAGUCUUUGGUCAAUGCUAAGCUUGCACGUCGUGCCCUUGUUCAACUUUCUUAUGCUAUUGGUGUCGCCGAACCCCUUUCUAUCUUCGUUGAUACUUAUGGUACUUCCGAAAAGUCUACCGCUGAAUUGGUUCAAAUCAUUCGUGAUAACUUCGAUCUUCGUCCUGGUGUCAUUGUAAAGGAACUUGAUCUCUUCAAGCCUAUUUACCAAAAGACCGCUGCCUAUGGUCACUUUGGUCGUGAUGAAUUCACUUGGGAACACCCUAAGGAACUUAAGUUCUAAGUUACUUAUAUACACAUACUACUCCCAUAGAAAAAAAAACCUUUUUUUUGACUUAAUGUUUUCAACAAACUACAUUUCCAUAUCCCCUUAUUUUACUCCGCCUUUCUCCUAUUUUACAUUACCUUCUAAUUGUUAGAUAUUUUUGUUAUAUACUGUAUUUUUUUUUUCCUUUAUUUUCUCGACAUUCAACAUAGUCGAAACCGACAGCCGUCCCGGUUGCAGGAUGGGUUUUCUUAUUAAAUAAAAAUAUUAUUUUAGAUAUUUA